UCUACACACCCAAUAUGAGAGCUUUUGGCUCUGAGAUUUCUGCCGAUCGAUUGCCUGGUGGUGAAUUAUCUCAGCGCCAACGCGACUACGCUAUUGCUGCUCUAGAGAAUGGUGCGCAGACCAAGGAAGUUGCUAAGACUCUCCGCUGCUCGCGUCGGACAAUCCAGAGAACCAUCUCUCGUUACAACGAGCUCAAGACCAACGCCAGCAGGCCUCGCAGUGGUCGCCCAGCUAGUCUAACGCGUCGCCAGCGUCGUCUCCUCAUUCGCAUCACCAGAAGAUAUCCGAAAAUCCAAUACCGUGCACUGCUAGAGGAGGCAGGACGGUGGGACACCAACUCUACCCACCCCCAGGUCUCUAAGAAGACAGUAUACCGAGCGCUCUACGCAAUAGAUCUACGCAACUUCAGAUUAAAGCGGAGACCUAAGAUCAAUCGGGCCACAGCCCUACUAAGGCUCAGAUUCGCACGAGACUACUCAUAUCUUGACUGGAAGCGGGUAGUAGUAAAGUUCAGCGAUGAGUGCAGCGUUGCGAGAGGCUCUGGAGCCAACCAGGAGUGGAGUUUCCAGUAUCCAGGUGAGAAAUACGACCACAAUAAGGUUACAGAGAAGGUUCUUCACGUGCCAAGCAGCAGAUGGUAUGGGCAAGCAUAUGGGUGAC